CGCCAAGAUACUCAUUCUAAAGUAUUCAUGAUUCAUCGUCUUUCUGAGUGUUGAACAGCUGAUCAGGAGAUCAUGGAGAAAGAUGUGAAGGCCGUGGCUGCAGAAGCGUCGGUCGGGCCUAUGGCUUCACAGAGCCGAUCAGAGGAUGAGGAGUCCACUGCUGUGAAGAGGACAGCCGCUCAGGCCUUCAGUGGAGCCGGGAUGAUUCCCAAGCGCAGAAGCUCCUCCAGAUCAAUAAAGAGAAAGAAGUUUGAUGAUGAACUGGUUGAGAGUAGCCUUGCGAAAUCUACCAGUCGGGUCAAAGGUCAGCCGGUCAUUGAGCCAAUCAGAUGCCCCGGCAGUGACCUCGCAUCCAGUGACAAGAAGAAGGUAAUGAAGAAAGCAGUUCUAAGUUUACAUAUACUUUCUGUUCAGACCACAGAUCUCACGUCAGUUCAUCUGGGGGUGAAAUUCAGCUGUCGCUUCACACUGCGGGAGAUUCAGGAACGCUGGUACGCUCUGCUGUAUGACCCGGUCAUAUCAAAGUUGGCGUGGCAGGCCAUGAGACAGCUGCAUCCAGAGGCCAUCGCUGCUAUUCAGAGUAAAGCUCUCUUCAGUCAGACAGAAGAAGCCCUGCUCGCUAAGAUCACCUCAAGCAGUCAGCCUAAGCUGGAGGUUUUUCAAGAUUUGCUCAACAAGCACCCGAAUGUGUUUUACCCAUCACGCACUGCUAAGAAUCUGAUGGUCCACUGGCAGCUGCUCAAGCAGUACUAUCUGCUGGAGGAUCAGAGCGUUCAACCUCUGCCUAAAGGAGAGCAAGUGCUGAACUUCUCUGAUGCGGAGCAGGUGGUUGAUGAUGCCAAACUCAAGGACAGCAGGGAUGAAGUCUUAGAGCACGAGCUGAUGAUUGCAGAUAGACAUCAGAAGCGUGAGAUCAGACAGCUGGAGCAGGAGCUUCCUCGCUGGCAGGUGUUAGUGGACAGUAUCACAGGCAUGAAUUCACCAGACUUUGAUAAUCAGACGCUGGCAGCUUUACGUGGACGAAUGGUCAGAUAUCUGAUGAGAUCUAGAGAGAUCACACUGGGACGUGCUACUAAAGACAAGCAGAUAGAUGUAGAUCUGUCUUUGGAGGGACCUGCAUGGAAGAUCUCCAGAAAGCAAGGGAUCAUUAAACUGAAAAAUAAUGGAGAUUUCUUCAUCGCUAAUGAAGGCCGAAGACCCAUUUACAUUGAUGGACGACCAGUUUUAUCUGGAAACAAGUGGAAACUCAACAACAAUUCUGUGAUGGAGAUUGCAGGUCUUCGCUUUGUGUUCCUGAUCAACCAGGAGUUGAUUUCUCUCAUUAAAGCCGAAGCUGCCAAGAUGAACCAGGCAUGAUGCUGACUCACCUGUUCAUGAGCUGUCAAACACCAUUUAGUCUGACACUGACGCAGCAAGACGGGAGCUGUACUGUCCUAUCUUUAUCUCUGAGCAGAGUCAUACACAGAAGACCUUUCAGCAUGAGAUUAUAGAGGCUCAUAGCAACAGCUGAGGCGGGAUCUGGAGCUCAGAUUGAAGGAAAAUCAUUUGGAAAUGAAUUGGACAUUUUACAUGCCUGUUAUUUAAGGCACAUUUGGACAGAAAGAACUGACUGUUUGAGAGCAUUGUUUGUAUGUGUGUGUAGAUUUGCUUUCUUUUUUUUUUAAUUUGUGUAAGAGAAACUGUUACUGUUUUGUUGACUUGUAUACUUUUUGUUUGUUUAUACUUCAAACCCAGUGACCUUGUAUUGUCUAAGCAAAGACAGUAUGCUAAUGUUCUGCCAUGACAGAAAUAGUGUAAAUAUAUUCAUAAAGACUGAUUAAAACAGAAAAGUGUUUUAAAGUCAUUAGAAAAGUAUAGUAAUGUGAAGGGAAGAUUUUAGAGUCAGAGUGGCAAACUUUGGCCCUUGACAUGAACUAUUGUUGCAAAUCCAGAGUGGAUACAAGUAAACGGCAAUACCUAAAAAUAUAUUUAAAGUAAAGAUUCAGAUCGAAUUAUAAUGUACAAUUA